CCAAUUCCAAAUUACUUGUUUUAAGUGCCGCCUUUUAUAGUCGUAUGGCAAGCCUAGCGGCAGACUGAUCAUUUUUUGCGCGCGAGAGGAUGUAACAGCCCGGAAGAAAUGAGCAGAGAAGAAGGCUCGUGGCGCUGUCUGCUGCCCAUCCUGGUGCUAACGCUUGUCACAUGCUCAGCAGCUGUAGAGGAGGAGGAUGCUGCGGAGUCCCAGUCGGCUUUGGGCUAUGCAACCAUUAAACCCGGAGUAUGCAGCGAGGAAUGCUACACGGUCGCGACGUGCAACGAGGAGCUAGGGGGCAGGUGUGACUGCCCCAAAACCCUGUCUGGCAAGGACUGCCACCGGAAGGCCACAAAAGGCAACCUGCACGCCUUCGGGCAGGACUCGGCACGCGAGCUGCGCGCGCCCUUCCCGUGUCUCAAUGACUGCAACGGCCGGGGCAAGUGCGUGUACGGCGCAUGCGUGUGCACACGGGGCAACUUCACGUCCGACUGCUCGGUCUCCUUAGACCCCGACACGCAGCAGCCGGUGGUGCUGGCGGGCAGUGGGUAUGAGGCCCGGCGCAAGCGGCCGCUGAUCUAUGUGUACGACAUACCGCACAAGCUGUCCAGCUGGUACAACGUGUUGAAGAUUGACCGCGGCCUACCGUGGGUGUUCUGGGAGCGGCUGCUGGGGAGUGGCGCGCUCACUGCGAACGGCGACGAGGCGGAUUGGUUCUUCAUCCCGGUGAAGUUGCGGAGCACCACCGACGGCUACAAGCUGCAGGAGGCGGUGAAGUACAUCCGGAGCAAGUGGCCCUGGUUUGACAAAUACGACGGCAACAGACACUUUGUCCUGCACUCUGGAGACACAGGGCGUGGUGAAGUGACGGGCGCCAUCCGCGAGGACGCCACGCUGGCCAACAUCACGUGGCUGCACCACUGGGGCCUCACAGAGGACUACCCCAGCUCGGGCUGGCGCAAGGCGCACCGCGUGGGCAAGGACAUUGUCGUUCCCAUCUACUUUGGAGCCAAGCAGGGCCACGCCUUUGUGCCCAUGUCUGGCCUGCACCCGCUGGCGCCGCGCAUUCCUCGCAACGGCACCUUCCUCUUCAGCGGCCGCAUCUGCGGCGACCACUCCCUGCCCGACCCCGAAAAGCCCUGGCCCCACUGCGCCACGAACCGCAGUCACGGCUACUCGCAGGGCGCUCGUCAGUGGGUCCAUUUCCACCACUCGCAGCGGCCCGGGUAUAAGAUUGUUGUCAGCAAUAAGGAGUACCCGGUCGACCUACUGAACUACAAGUGGUGCCUGGCGCCUUCCGGAGGCGGUCACGGACAUCGACAGGCUUUGGUCGCGGUGAUGGGCUGCCUGCCGGUGGUGGUGAGCGAUCUGGUGAUGCAGCCCUUCGAGCCGGAGAUGGACUGGAGCGCGUUCUCGCUGCGGGUGGAGCAGAAGGAUGUGCCCACCAUGCACGAGGCCAUAGAGGCGGUGGAUGAACAGAAAUACGAGGAGAUGCAGGAUGCCCUGCGCUGCGCGGCUCAGCACAUGAUCUUCAGCACCAUGAGCGGCGCCUUCAUGCAGGAGGACGGAAAGUGGGACGCGUUUGAGUUCGUCCUAGAGAUCCUGCGGAUGCAGCAGGGCCACCCCGGACUGCACCCCUCCAAAUACGCCGAGGUGGACGAGCAGUACCGCGACUUUCUUAAUUGCGGGGAUCCAGACGGCAUGGCGUCAUACGGCAGGAAGCUGCGUGAGGCACAGCUGGCCAAAUACCCGACGGCCCCCUCGCUUUCAAAGGACCCGGAGGAGCCCAUGGACUGGAGUGAUCUGUACAAAAGCUCAAUGAACGGGCUUAAGAAGCUGCUCGAGCUGCACAGGCUUCCGGCUGAGGGCUCGGAGCCGGAGCCUCCACUGCCGCUGUGCUCCAUGAGUCUGUGGGACCCGGAGCAGGUGCGGUGCAGCAAGGUGGGCCACCGGGAGCGGGUGCACCACCCCUACAUCCCAGGCGGCGCGGCCUGCGUCAUGCACAAGAACCUGGCCGAGUGCCCCAGGAUGUGGGAAUGACAAGUCCAGGAGAGCAGCGCUUUAAGGCUGUGUGGUAGAUUACCGUCUGUUGGUACGGCAUCCAAUGCAGUCUAGGGUGGUAGCAGCAUUCUUUCGCCCAUGUUGGGCGGGGGCGGCCUGGAUGGGGGCGCGGUUCAGUUCGAGCGUCGGGGGCCGACGCGCAACUGCAACGGUUGCACUUUUGGAAGGGGCACUUGGCAGGGUUAUGGUUCAUAUAAGGUGAUUCUCUGUCACUUCCUGACCGCGUCUGUGUAAAACCUAUGCACA